UAAGCAACAAAACCCUAGGCCAAACCAUUGAUGACCUCCCAAACCCUAGCCCCGUCCCCAAUGGCGAGCCACCAAACCGGUGCCCCUUCUUCCCCUACCGCCUCCUCCUCCUCCAAGAAGAAGAAGAAGCACCGCAAGGCCGUCGACGUCACCGUGGACGCCCCUUCUUCCCCUACCGCCUCCUCCAAGAAGAAGAAGAAGCACCGCAAGGCCACCGACGUCACCGUAGACGCCCCUUCUUCCCCUACUGCAGCCUCCUCCAAGAAGAAGAAGAAGCGCAAGGCCAUCGACGUCACCGUAGACGCCUCCUUCGCCGCCGCCGCCGCCGCCCCCGUCGUCGGCUACUUCCCCACGGGCUACGACCCUCUCGCUGCCGCCGAGCCCCCACGCGCGCGGCUGUUCCGCCACGAAAAGCACUCUAACCGCGUCGAUCUCGUGGUGAGCGCCCCCGGUGGAGGGCUCGACUUCGUUGGCCGGAGCUACGCCGGCGAGACCGCCGCGCCGCAUCUCUGCGGCUAUGCCCUCGGCGUUCUCGACAAGGCCUCCGGCACCCUCAAGGUCGUCCCCAUAGCUGCCAACAAGAUUUUGAGGCUAGAGCCACAUUUUGAAGAGCAGAAACCGGCGCAUUCAGAGCAGUCAGCAGCAGAAGCAGGCUCAUCUGUAGCAAAUACUGAAGUGAAGAGACAGCAACUUACCGAGGCUUAUGGAACCCAGAAAGACAAAGUCAAGGAUAAUAAGUGGAAGUCAUUAAAGGAAGAAACAAAUGAUCCUGAUGCUUAUUUAGGCCUUGAGCUUGGAGAUUCCAAGACCACUGCAGAUGCCACUGACAGUCAGGCAUCAGUAACUGUUCGCAACAUUCCACCUUAUGAUCCUGCUGCAGAUACAUCAGAAAAGGCAUAUCUUUUUGAUGAGAUCAUUCCAAAGAAUAUACGGCCACACCUCUUAGAAAUUGUGGGACAUUUUGAAUCAGGAGAAAUUAGUUCAAAAGGCUAUGGGAGUUUUGUUUCAAAUCGUGUGAAUAAGUUGCAGCACCUUAAGGGUGAAGGUAAGGAGAGGCUUGCUUGGAUACUGUCCUACAUCACGUAUCUCCUGUCUUUGUUGGCACGGAACAGCGCCAUGUCCAAGCGCGACAGAAAGGAAAACCUUAGUCAUGGACCCACGAUCCCACCGAACGUGCACCGUAACCUGCUGCUGAUGUUUACGGAGCCAGGGUCUUCUGCCUUGUCGACAGAGAAACACGAGCUUCUGAUCAAUUACAUUUUGGUACUCACACUUUAUGCUGACAACUUCACAUCCUCCCCUGCGGACAUAUGUGAGGACCUGAAAAUGACCCGGGAGAUGCUUAAACCCUAUUAUCUCCAGCUGGGAUGCAAGUAUGGUUCAGCAGGUGCCUUUAAACCCUCAGUGAUAACACUUCCAGCCCCCCUCAAGUUUCCCCAAGAACCCACAAGGAAAAGGGGAAGACAACGUAGGAGAUGAUUGGUUGUGACAAGGAAGGCUGUUCCAAGAUAUGGUGGCCGGAAGUGCAUCACUACUGUCGAAAUUAUGCGCCCUGGGCACAGUUUUUGUGAUGUACUCAAGAUGUUUUUUUCUCCAUUUUCACUCGGAAGUUGCUAUCAGAAGAAAAAAGAAGCAUAUUACUUGUGUAUUGAGCUAUUUGCUUGCCUACCGAGAUAUUAUUUUGAUGCUACCUUCUUUGAUUAGCAUCUAUUCAUCUGUUCCUUACUGUAUAAGGCUUUUUGGCAAACUGGUAAUGUGCUGUAUUGGAGUGCUCCAGUUCUAUAAUACAGCUCAUAUUUGUGCACUUGAA